AGGGAGCCAAGGGGAAGACAAGAUGAGGUUGGAGAAGUGCUGGUUCUGCUCCUCUACAUGCUACCCCGGCCAUGGCAUGACCUUCGUGAGAAACGAUGGACAAUGCUUCCGGUUCUGCAGGUCCAAGUGCCAUAAGAACUUCAAGAUGAAGAAGAACCCCAGGAAGACGGCAUGGACCAAGGCGUUCAGGAAGAUGAGGGGCAAGGAGAUGGUUCUUGACAGCUCGUUCGAGUUUGAAAAGAAGAGGAACAGGCCGCAAAAGUAUGACCGUGAGAAGAUGGCAGUAACUCUGAGAGCCAUGAAGAAGGUUGCAGAGAUCAAAGAGAAGCGAGAGAGGACCUUCAUCAAGAAACGUAUCCUAGCAACCAAGAAGACUCACGAGAAGGUUGCAAACCUCAAGGAGCUGAAGCAGAGCAUACAUGUUCUUGGCCCUGCAGCAGAGAAAAUCAAGGAGAAAGUGCUCUCAAAGGAUACCGAGCGCAUGCAGGAGGAUGCCUGAUAGAAAUGAUCUCCAUGGCCUUUCACUAUCGUUUUUUUGCCUUCAAGUUAUCCCAGCACGCAGUAGCUUUCAGCUACACAUUUCUCUUUCUCUCUCUGCAGAACCCUUUCCUUUCACUGUGCAAACUCUUUUGCAGCUUGUAGGGUGAGCAUUGUGAUGAAUUCGGGAACGAAAACGCACAAAGACAUGUCAGUGGAACUUGACGUGAUGUCUGGACUGUAGUUUACGUUGUCACGUAGAUGUACAAGUUGAUGUAAGUAGAAUCGUAAAACAUUCUAGUAGUG